AGUGGAUAAGGGAAAGAGGGAAGCAGAGAGAGUCCUAUCAACAGCUUCAACAAGUUUCAAUCUAUCUACACAGCUAGACAGAAAGCCCAGGCAGAAGACAAUGAGCGUAAAUGGAAAAGAACCUCCCCCCUACAACAUACCAGGACAAGUUGAUGAUGGGGUGAAGGUAUAUCAUGUCCAUACCCCCUUCAACCCUCCUUCCUCCACCAUCCCCUCCGAUAACUACUCUAUGUCUCAGUCUCAGUCUCAGGGCAAGCCAGUGUACACCAGUGGAGGAGGUGGUAUUGGAGGAGGUGGUAUUGGAGGAGGUGGUAUUGGAGGAGGUGGUAUUGGAGGAGGUGGUAUUGGAGGAGGUGGUGGAGCUCCUACUCAGAAGUUUGUGAGUUAUGAGACAGAACUGGGCCGUUCAGAGGGCAUGACCACCUGUACUUCCUGUCAACAACAGGUGAUGACUAACGUCACCUAUAAAGUCGGAGCCUACGCCUGGCUCAUGUGCAUCCUCUUCAUCCUCUGUGGGUUGGUAGUGGGCUGCUGCCUGAUCCCGUUCUUCAUGAAACACUUUAAGGAUGCGUACCACUCCUGUCCUCGCUGUAACCGCAUUCUCCACGUGGACAAGAAACGCUGCUGCUGACCGCUAUACCACCACCCACCACUAUAGGAGCUGCUGCUGACCGCCAUACCACCACCCACCACUAGAGGAGCUGCUGCUGACCGCUAUACCACCACCCACCACUAGAGGAGCUGGUGCUGUGGCCAAUAUGCUUUACUACCAGCAGGGGAGCUGUGGCUCUGCUCUCAGUCUGACCACUGGCCACUCUCUCGGUCUGGGCUGGAUUCCAUUAGAAGUGCAUCAGUACAGUGAAAUGCAUUUCUCACAGAAAACAUGCCCCCUUUCCCUCAUGCACCCACAGCUCUGUGUGGGAAUUUGUGAGUGGUUAUAUUUAUCCAGCCCCAUCCUUCAGCUGUUUACCAAUGCAGUGGCGGGGUCAGGGUGACCGUUUGGUAGUUCUUUGAAUUGCAGAUUGCCCUUUUAAAUUUCGGUUUCAAUACUGCUCUUAUCUACACUCUUUCAGAACAGCGAGGGAGAGGAAAAGGGGGGAUGUUUUCAGAAUGGAAUCCAGACGAAGGGAGAGACCCCCUAGCAGCAGCACCACUGAAACCUACAGGAUUAGACAGUCAUAGGAUGAAUCCCAAAAUGGCACCCUACUCCCUAUAUAGUGCACUACGUUCGAGAGGGAGCUAGUACAAAAGUAGUGCACUACAUAGGGAAUAGGGUACAAUUUGGGAUGCAAAUUAGUUUAAAUGCUGACCUAACUUACUGUACCAGAGGAUUGUAAAUAGUAUGAAUCUGUGAACUAUUUUUGUAAAAUUAAAAAACAAGCUAGCAGAUGAAGACGUGGUCGAGCUCAACCUGGGCCUUGUUCACAAAGGGAGUAGGGUUGCACAAUUCUAGUAACUUCCCCAGGUUUUCCACAAACCCAGGUUGGAAUACUGGAAUCCGGAGGGAAGAGGGUAGCCUGGGUACCAGUCUGUAAAGAUAUCAUUCCACUCUUUGUCUUGGAAAACAUGGCUUGACAAAGAGUGGAAUGUUAACACACAGACUGGAUUUCUCCAGGCUAGGAAGAGGCAGAAAAUACGGGAAUACGCCAACCGGGAUGUCUGGUUGGUUACCGGACGAUUGCAACCCGUUGAGUAACCUUAGAUAGAAAUGUGUUGUGUAGAACAGACAUGAUUCCCUGGUAAAUGUAUUCAUUACUCUCUAUAUUACAUUACUAUCUAUAUUACCUUGAAUAAGGCCCUGGGUUGACCAACCGACAGACAACGAGCCCAAUAUAAACAUUAUUAUCAUUAAAACUAUGAUUCCUACAAUCGGGUGUAAUUUAGGGCUCUCACCAGGUUUCCCCCCUUUUCAGAAAGCUGUUAUGUACAUAAAGGACUGAACUGGGUGUUUCACCUUAUUUUAGAAUAAACCAAAGAUGAUUUUAUUGAGAAAACUCAGUCUAACUCUCAACUACAAUGACGUGUAACACCACCACACAGCUGACCUGAUGGAGUUCUGUUAUAUUGAUGUGUAACACCACCACACAGCUGACCUGAUGGAGUUCUGUUAUAUUGAUGUGUAACACCACCACACAGCUGACCUGAUGGAGUUCUGUUAUAUUGAUGUGUAACACCACCACACAGCUGACCUGAUGGAGUUCUGUUAUAUUGAUGUGUAACACCACCACACAGCUGACCUGAUGGAGUUCUGUUAUAUUGAUGUGUAACACCACCACACAGCUGACUAGACAUGGAGUUCUGUUAUAUUGCUUAUAUAGAUUAUAUGCCUCUAAUAAAAUAUGUUAUCACUUU